AUGCUCGUGAAAUCACCUCAGAGUUGCGCCUUUGCCAUGGUGCCAACAUUGAUGGUACUCACGCCACUCGUCAACAACGACCCGCUGUUGGUUACGCACGGCAUCGCGGCAUUCCACUCAGGUGUCAAGGUCGCUUCUCUGAUUGCAACAGACGGUUCCGUGCUCGUGGUUGCGACCCCGCUUGCUACAAACUUGCUCCUCGACCACUGCCUGGACUUCGCCGAAGCUGUGCCUGCUGGCUACGCGUAA